GCCGCCCGAGGAUGGCUUCCAGCUUCAAGAAGACAAACGUGGCCUCCACCAGCCAGAAGAAAAAGGUGGGUCCUAAGCCCGAACUCACUGAAGACCAGAAGCAAGAAGUUCGGGAAGCGUUUGACCUCUUCGAUGCCGACGGAAGCGGGACCAUCGACGUGAAGGAGCUCAAGGUGGCCAUGCGAGCGCUGGGCUUUGAGCCCAGGAAGGAAGAGUUGAAGAAGAUGAUCUCCGAGGUGGACCGGGAGGGCACGGGCAAGAUCAGCUUCAACGACUUCUUGGCCGUGAUGACUCAGAAGAUGUCGGAGAAAGACACCAAAGAAGAGAUCAUGAAGGCUUUCAGGCUCUUCGACGACGACGAGACCGGGAAGAUCUCCUUCAAGAACCUCAAGCGAGUGGCCGCCGAGCUCGGGGAGAACCUGACGGACGAGGAGCUGCAGGAGAUGAUCGACGAAGCGGAUCGCGACGGAGACGGCGAAGUGAACGAGGAGGAGUUCCUCAAGAUCAUGAAAAAGACCAACCUCUAUUAA